AUGAAGAAGUCCAAACUCGAUAACUCCGCUUCACAGAGCCGAUUCGGGCUGGUUCAGUUCCUAUUGGUUGUUCUGCUCUUUUACUUUCUCUGCAUGAGCUUCGAGAUCCCAUUCAUCUUCAGAAGCGGGUCCGGUUCCGGGUCUGAAGACGGGUCAUCGUCCUCUUUCGCCGACGCAUUGCCGAGACAGAUGGUUGUUGGUGGUAGAGAAGCAAACUCGGCUCUCGGAGAAGAAGACCCGCAUAGACCAUUCAAAGACCCGGGUCGGGUGGGUCAGGUGAAACUGGUCCAGCUUCGCUCACCGGAGCGGAGGAUGCGGGAAUUCAAAACCGUCUCCGAAAUCUUCGUCAACGAGAGCUUCCUCGACGGCGGCGGAUUCAGCGACGAGUUCUCGAUCUUCCACAGAACCGCGAAGCUCGCGAUUUCCAUGGGGAAGAAAAUGUGGGACGGGCUCGACUCCGGUUCAAUCAAACCCGACGAAAAAACGCCGGUUAAAGCCCGGACGGAGAAAUGCCCGGAUAUGGUUUCGGUUAGCGGGUCGGAGUUCGUGAACCGGAGCCGGAUCUUGGUUAUCCCGUGCGGGUUAACGCUGGGAUCUCACAUAACCGUCGUGGCGACGCCGCAUUGGGCACACGCCGAGAAAGACGGAAAAUUCACGGCGGAUUCCAAGGAAGGAGGUGAGAAAACGGCGAUGGUGAGUCAGUUCAUGAUGGAAUUGCAGGGAUUGAAGGCCGUCGACGGCGAAGAUCCGCCUCGGAUCCUCCAUUUCAACCCGAGGAUUAAAGGUGAUUGGAGUGGGAGACCAGUGAUUGAGCAGAAUACUUGUUACCGUAUGCAAUGGGGCUCUGCUUUACGCUGCGAUGGUCGCGAGUCCGGUGAUGAAGACGAAUCAGUUGAUGGAGAGGUGAAAUGUGAGAGGUGGAAGAGAGAUGAUGGUGGUAACAAUGGUGAUGGUGGUUCUGAGGAAGGAUCGAAGAAGGCAUGGUGGUUGAACAGGCUGAUGGGUCGGAGGAAGAAGAUGACACAUGAUUGGCCAUACCCUUUUGCUGAAGGGAAGCUCUUUGUGCUAACGCUUCGAGCUGGAAUGGAAGGUUACCACAUCAGCGUCAAUGGAAGACAUGUCACAUCAUUCCCUUACAGAACCGGGUUUGUUCUAGAGGAUGCAACUGGAUUUGCAGUGAAGGGGAACAUUGAUGUGCAUUCUGUAUACGCUUCCUCGUUACCCUCUACGAAUCCGAGCUUUGCACAGCAAAAGCAUCUUGACAUGCAGAGCGUAUGGAAAGCUCCUGCGUUGCCUCAGAAGCCUGUGGAGCUGUUCAUUGGGAUCCUCUCUGCUGGUAACCAUUUUGCAGAGAGGAUGGCUGUGAGGAAGUCAUGGAUGCAGCAAAAGCUAGUCAAAUCGUCGAAAGUCGUUGCGCGGUUCUUCGUGGCAUUGCACGCAAGAAAGGAAGUGAAUGUGGAUCUAAAGAAAGAAGCAGACUACUUUGGUGAUAUUGUGAUAGUACCGUACAUGGAUCAUUAUGAUCUUGUUGUGCUCAAAACUGUUGCCAUCUGCGAAUAUGGGGUUAGCACAGUGGCGGCGAAGUAUAUAAUGAAAUGUGACGAUGAUACGUUUGUGAGAGUGGAUGCUGUGAUCCAGGAAGCAGAGAAGGUUAAAGGAAGAGAGAGCCUUUAUAUUGGAAACAUUAACUUCUACCAUAAGCCUCUUCGCAAUGGGAAAUGGGCUGUGACAUACGAGGAAUGGCCAGAAGAGUAUUAUCCACCAUAUGCAAAUGGUCCGGGUUACAUUUUGUCAUAUGAUAUAGCUAAGUUCAUAGUUGAUGAUUUUGAACAACAGAGACUAAGAUUAUUCAAGAUGGAAGAUGUGAGCAUGGGGAUGUGGGUGGAGAAGUUCAACGAGACGAAAUCGGUGGCGGUGGUGCAUAGCCUCAGGUUCUGCCAGUUCGGCUGCAUUGAAGACUACUUCACGGCUCAUUAUCAGUCGCCUCGACAGAUGAUUUGCAUGUGGGAUAAGCUGCAGAGACUCGGGAAGCCCCAAUGCUGCAACAUGAGAUGA